ACGACGACGACCACCCUCCUCAAGACCCCUUACGCAGACGGCAUCGCAAAAUGGCCCGGGGACCUAAAAAGCACUUGAAGCGCCUUGCUGCGCCCUCCUCAUGGAUGUUGGACAAGCUCGGUGGUACCUAUGCCUCUCGUCCUUCUCCUGGUCCCCACAAGCUCCGAGAGUCCCUCCCCCUCACCGUCUUCCUCCGCAACCGUCUAAAGUAUGCUUUGACUGGCCGUGAAGUCACUUCUAUCGUCAAGCAACGCUUGAUCAAAAUCGACGGCAAGGUCCGCACCGAUCCCACCUACCCCGCUGGUUUCAUGGAUGUGAUCUCCAUCGAGAAGUCUGGCGAACACUUCCGCCUGCUCUAUGAUGUCAAGGGCCGAUUCACCAUCCACCGCAUCACCCCCGAAGAGGCCACCUACAAGCUCUUGAAGGUCAAGAGGGUCGCUCUUGGUGCCCGCGGUGUUCCUCACGUUGUCACCCACGACGGACGAACCAUCCGUUACCCCGAUCCUUUGAUCAAGGUCAACGACACCGUCAAGUUCGACCUUGAGCAAAACAAAAUCACCGACUUUGUCAAGUUCGAUACCGGCAACCUCGUUAUCGUGACUGGUGGUCGUAACAUGGGACGGGCUGGUACUAUUGUGCACAAGGAGAAGCACGUUGGUGGUUUCGAUAUCGUCCACAUCAAGGAUUCGCUAGACCGAACCUUCGCCACCCGUGUUUCCAACGUUUUCGUUAUUGGUGAGGGAACCAAGGCCUGGAUCUCGCUGCCCAAGGGCAAGGGUCUCAAGCUCACCAUCGCCGAGGAGCGUGAUGUCAGGAGAAAGCGGGCAGCAGCUGAUCAAUAAACGCAUUUCUUUCUUCACCUUUUUCAUCCCAUGGCCACAUUAUGUCCUGUAUGCCUACAUGACUGACACAUAUUCAUGCACCAUUAUGCUCUGCGGGUC